AUGACACGAACAGACCCACCUGACAUCCUGGUGUCCACGGUGUACCAAGACAUCAAGGUGGCGACAGCAGCCCCUGGGGAUUCCGUUGUCUGUCAGCCCCUGGCACAAUGUGACGCCUCCAUGUCCUCCUCCCUGUCCCGCGAGCCGCAGCCCUUCAACAAGCGCCACUGUAGAAGUUUCGAUUUCAUCGAGUCGCUGGAAGAGCUGGGAAACCCCCCGGCCAUGGAGCGCGCCUGCCCGCGCCCCGGCAUGCCCGAGCCCAUGCCGGGGCCACCGGGCAGGCAGGCGCCGCCAAAGCCAGAGCCUUACAGCGGCAGAGCCCCCGCGCCGCGGACCGAGACGAAGCGCCGGGCCCGCUCCAAGAGCGCCCCGCGGGUUAAGUCCACCCUGACCCCCGUGCCCAUCACCGUGGCGGCAUCACCGCCGCCAGCCCGGCGUGGGCGGGAGGUACUGCGGGUGGCACGAGAGCCCUCCCACACUGAUCCCUCGCCGCGCCGCGAGGGCCCGAUGCCGCUGCGGGCGCUGGCCAACGAGGUUCACCCCAUCAAACUGCAGCCGCAGCGCAGCAGCGUCAGCCGUAUCUCACCGCUCUGCCUGGGCAGCAAUUGCUACGAGGAAGGGCCGGGGGCCAAGGUGGGCGCCAGCCCCCACGUCAAGUGCCGAGUGGACAUCAAGCCAGACGAGGCAGUGCUGGUGCACACGGCGCGGAGCCUGAGGGCAGCUCCAAACCGUCCGGAGCCGCCACGCUGGCCCCGCACCCCUGGGACCACCCGCAGCCUGACCGUGCCAGGGAGCCGGCAGGCAUCCACGUCCCGCACGCCCACCCCCAGCGACUCCUACAGCGGGGACCCUCCCCUGCUGCCCUACCCCGGUGAGUACUACGAGACAGACCCCCGGGCCCUGGCAUACCAGACAGUGCCGGUGCCAGCCUCACGGGAAUUCAGGGAGUACCCCGACAGAGGCUGCAUGACCUUUUCAGCCCCCGGUGUCCCAGCCAAGUUCUUCUACGCAGAGGAGUCAGCGCGGUGCCCCAGCCCUGCCAUGCCACUCCGCAGCUCUGGCUAUGCCAGCUACCCCUACCACAGCCGCCAUGCCAUGCCCCAGCCCUUCUACACCGAGGACCCGGCCAAGGCUGCUGUUCAUACGAUGCCGCCCCGGACGUUGUACGUGGAGGAGGCACGGGGUUACCCGGUGCAGGAGGCACCUGCCCGCACCUUCUAUGGGGAUGAGCCCCGCUACUAUACCCCGCGUGGGACCCCUAUCAAAACCCUGUACACUGAGGACGCUCGGACAUACCCAGCCCUCGGCUCCUCCGCCCGGCUGUUCUAUGCUGAGGACUAUGGGAAGUACCGGGAACGGGAGAUGCUGUCGCGCACGUGUCCCCCGCCCCGAAGUGCGCAGCCCCUGCACUUUGGAGACUGGUACUGCCCCGAGCGGGCCACGCUGCCCUACCAGAGCCUGCAACUGUCACGCUUCACCCCGCAACCGGCUGGGCGGGAGGCCAUGUUCUCCUCCUGGCACGCCAGCUACGGCGUGACUCCACCACGGCUCGGCCGCGAGAGCCAGCACUACUCCAAAUCCUGGGAUAAUAUCCUGGCGCCGGCAGCGCGCAGGGAGGAGGCCCUGCAGCGUGGGCGCAGCUAUGAGAACCUGCUCACCCACGAACCCCGUGCCUUAUCCCCUGAGGAACGCCGGCAGCCUGUGGUGAUCAACCUGUCAAGCUCACCCAAGCGCUACGCGGCCCUGUCCCUCUCCGAGAGCUCCAUCCUCGAGCGGGUGCACGCCAAUGGCAGCCGCGGGCCCCCAGGCCGCUCCUGGUACGUCACGCCAGAGAUCACCAUCACCGACAAUGACAUCCGUGCCGAAGGGCUGGGCCGGAGCGAGAGGCGCUCAGCCAGCUGGGACAUGCUGGAUGCGGGGAGGGAGCACGGGCCCUACGCUGUGCCCUGUGCCCCACAGCCCAGCCCCAGGGAGAGUGGCUCAGCACGCCAGCGCAGUCUGGAGCAGCUGGACGAGCUUAUCACCGACCUUGUCAUUGACUAUAAGCCAGCACCGGGCCACCGCGCCGGGGACAGGGACAGCCUCGCGGAGCAGCUCAAGCAGCUACUGAGCAGCAGCACCUCGGGCCCCCCACGGCAGGGUGAGGGCAGGCGGGUCCCUCACAAUGUGUCCGAGGGACCCCGACCCACCAAGGAGCAGCCGGGACCCAGCUCUCAUGCUGGCACCCCGCGCCGCCCACCCGCCCCACCGGCCACUGGCCCCUUUGAAAAGUCACCAGAAGACUGCUCGCCUGACCUGAGUGCUGAGGAAGACGACAUGAUGAUGUGCUCCAACGCCAAGUGCCGGCGCACAGAGACCAUGUUCAACGCCUGCCUCUACUUCAAAUCGUGCCACAGCUGCUACACCUACUACUGCUCCCGGCACUGCCGGCGUGAGGACUGGGACACGCACAAGGCCAGCUGCGUGUACGGGCGGGUGGGCAGCGUCUGCCGCCAUGUCCUGCAGUUCUGCCGUGAGAACACCGAGGUGCACAAGGCUUUCUCCCGCAUUGCCAAGGUGGGAUAUCUCUCCCGCGGCCGCGGCGUACUCUUCCUGGGGUUCCCGAAUGCGGGCUCGGCCGAGAACUUUCUCCAGUUUGGGCUGGAGAGCCUGCUGAUGUCCCCCACGUACCUGUCCCUGCGGGAGCUGGACAGCUACUCGGACAACCUGGGGGAAUAUGCCCAGGAGCUGCGGGAGACAGGCAACCAGUACGACCCCAACGAAUGUUUCCUGCUGAAUGUAACCGUGGCUGUCACCCAGAAAGUGCCAGAGAGGCCGUCACCGAAGAUGCAGGUGCCGACGGUCAGGAAAUAUGCCAAGGUGGCCUUAGCCUCCUCCAGCCCCGAGAAGAUCAUGAAGAAGGAGCGGGACAUGGAAACGUUGAUCCUGACGCCACCGCCUGGCACGGCGGACAUCGACAAGGAGGGAGAGGAGGGCCGGAAGGCACGGGAGGUCUGCUUCAUCAACAUCCAGCGGGAGCUGCGCAUCCGCGGCGUCUUCCUGCGGCACGAGUUCCCUGCUGUCUACGAGCAGCUCUGCGACUUCGUGGAGAGUAACAAGCGCUUCACCCCCACCACCAUCUACCCCAUCGACAAGAGGACGGGCAAACAGUUCAUGUGCAUGAUUAUGGCGGCCUCUGAGCCUCGCACCCUCGACUGGGUGGCCAGCCCCAACCUCCUGGACGAUAUCAUGUGA